AUGAUUGUAAAAAAAUUGAUGAGUUUGAUAUUAGGCGUUAGUUUAAUAAAAGCGGUUUCUGGAGCUUCUAUUUCCAAUGUGUUCGUAGAAAGGGAAACUUCACCGACAAGAUAUUAUCCCUCUAGUCCACCAUACGGCUACACGUCAGCGGCAAGCCCUUACUACUCUCAAAUUAAUGCAUUGUCUGGGUCUGUGCCGGUAUAUACGGAUCUGUGUGUGUCACCAUGUGUUCCCGGACAGACUCACAACUCGCCCUAUGCUACUAUUCCGGUUAUAGGAUCUGCUAAUGAGGAAACAAAUGGCUACCAGUAUUCGUACAUUGUGUACGAUGAGAAUACUGGUGAUCAUAAAGCGCAACGUGAGCUAAGUGAUGGGGCAGUGGUCCGAGGAGAAUACUCGUUCAUUCAGCCCGAUGGAUACGUCCGAAAAGUUCAAUAUGUAGCUGAUGAUUUGAAAGGGUUUAACGCUGUAGUGAAAAAUUAUGUGCCAAUUGCAUUAGGCGAUGCCAGCCAAUAUGAAAUAAAACAUAAUAAGCAUGUUCCACUCUGCCCUGACGAAAAAAAAGCAUCUUUGAAGAACCCAUCGGCUGAAGAAUUGGGAGAUCAUUUAGAGAAAUAUACUCCUGAAGUAGAACAGCAUGGACAGAAGCAUAACAAUAAUGAACCUGGUCAUGAACUUGAAAUACCUUUUAGUCAUAAACAUAAACACCAUCAAGAGCAUAAUGCUUCUGGAAAAAGUCAUAAAGAAGAACUGGAAUAUAGUCAGGAACGCCUGAAAGAAUUAAAAAAAAUACUUGAAAAAGCUAGUGGUGAGUCCAUAGAACAUUUAGAUGAAGAAAGCUCCAAAGAAAAACAUAAAAAAUCUAAUAAACACCAAGAGAAAUCUGAAGAGGUAAAUCAAGGAAACUCAGAUUACAGACAUAAAAAAAGUUCUAGUGAAGAAUCACACGAUAAACAUCAGGAAAAGAACAAGAAAACAUCCAAUGAACAAUCUACAGAAGUGUUUGAAGAUUCUGUUAAUAACUCGCCAAAAAAAGAAUCCAAAGAGGAAUUUAGUGAAUCUAGUGAAGACUCUAAGGAAGAUUUGAUAGAAACGUAUGAAAAACCAAAGACAGAGUCUACAGUGACUCUUGGAAGCCACAAAAUAAAAACUAAAAAGGUGUCCAAGGAAAAGUCAAGUGAGUCAGAAUCAAUUGAGGAUUCUAAAGAAACUACAAAUGUUCACAUUAAACAUAAAGAGGCGCAUGAUCUUGCAAUGUCAGCAAAUAAAGUGUUUGUGCCUUAUUAUGAUGUUGUUCGGUGCUUACAAGCAUCGCUGAGGAAAUCAGAACGGGGCCCCGCUGCCCUAAGCGCAGCAUCAUCACCUCUUACUUAUCUUGUGUUGAACAAACCGUGUUAA